CAAGCAGAUGAAAUGUUUCCAAACGCGCACCGAUGGCGGUGUGAAGCGUUUGGAUGAAGCGCAGGGGGACACCGCUUUGGAUUUUUCAUCACUUUUUUUUGCAUCUUUCUCAUUCUAUGAAUCGUUUUUGGGAUUGAACACAGAAAAGCUAUGGAUUACUCCCUCUGUUUGUUGGUUCUUCUGACGACCGUGUCUGUUUCGCACGGACAAUUCCCAACACCCCAGAUGGUAAAAGACUGGGUGGAGCAGAUUCAAAAAGAGUUGAUCACAUUAACAGACAAAGCCAGUGGAUUGCAGGACCUAAUAGAGAUAUAUAAAAAACACAGAACCCACUUUAGUGUGGAAUCCAACAAUGCCACAGAACUGGUGGCAACAGCUUCAAAGAACAUAGAGCAACUGCUGGCUAACCGCUCUGACGCCCUAAAGAGACUUGCAACUGAGGCUGAAAGGUUACAAAAGGAACAUGAGUGGAGAGUCGACAGUGAUCCCAACAAACUCCUUUACUACAAUGCCAAGGAUGGUAUGAAUAGGACCUCUUUAGAAAAAGAACAAGAGACAGAAGAGGAGAAGAGAAACCGGUUCAUUCCUGACGACUUUGAAAUAGACCCGACCUUUAAACGCCAUGUCUCCUACAACACCACUGCCGUCCACAUCCCUACAGACAUAUAUGAAGGCUCCACCAUUAUUUUAAAUGAGCUAAACUGGACAGAUGCCCUGGAUGAUGUUUUCCGGAAAAACAAAGAGGAAGAUGAGUCACUGCUAUGGCAGGUAUUUGGCUCUGCAACUGGACUGGCUCGGUAUUACCCAGCCUCCCCCUGGAUCGACAAGAGAAGUGCGCCUGACAAGAUUGACCUGUAUGACGUACGCAGGCGACCUUGGUACAUUCAGGGGGCGGCGUCACCCAAGGACAUGCUGAUCCUGGUAGAUGCGAGUGGAAGUGUUUCUGGUCUCACCCUUAAACUGAUCAAAACAUCCGUCAGCAAGAUGCUGGAGACCCUCUCUGAUGAUGACUUUGUAAACGUGGUUUCUUUCAACAAAACCGCCAAGCCUGUAGCAUGCUUUGAGCACCUGGUGCAGGCCAAUGUGAGGAACAAAAGGAUCCUGAAGGAUGCUGUGCAGAAGCUUAAAGCUGAGGGCAUCACCAACUACACCAGUGGCUUUGAGCUUGCCUUCGCACAGCUUGCACAGGCCAAUGUGUCGAGGGCCAACUGUAACAGGAUUAUAAUGCUGUUCACUGAUGGAGGAGAAGAGAGAGCAGAGGAGAUCUUUCAGAAAUACAACCCUAAGCAAGAGGUGCGCAUUUUUACAUUCUCAGUGGGUCAGCACAGCUACGACAAAGGGCCAAUACAGUGGAUGGCCUGCAAUAAUAAAGGUUACUAUUAUGAGAUUCCAUCUAUUGGGGCCAUUCGGCUGAAUACUCAGGAGUACUUGGAUGUUUUGGGUCGGCCAAUGGUUAAAGCUGACAGCAGGUCCAAGAGGAAAAGCAAGGCUAAGGAAGUUCAGUGGACAAACGUCUACCUGGAUGCACUGGAGCUUGGUCUUGUAAUCACAGGAACUAUGCCCGUCUUCAACAAGACCAAUACAGGCUCAAAGAAGUCACAAAACCAGCUCAUCCUGGGAGUUAUGGCUAUUGAUGUCUCCCUGGAAGAUAUCAAGAGACUUACUCCUCGUUUCACAUUUGGUCCAAAUGGCUACUACUUUGCUAUUGAUCCAAAUGGCUAUGUGUUGCUCCACCCUAAUCUUCAGCCACUGACUGCUAAGUUUGAUGAGCCUGUAACACUCGACUUUCUGGAUGCAGAAUUGGAGAACGACAUCAAAGUGGAGAUAAGAACUAGAAUGAUAAAUGGAAAAACAGGGAAAUACACUAUAUCUACAUUGGUAAAAUCUCAAGAUGAGCGCUACAUUGACCAAGGUCAGAGGACCUACACCUUUGCUCCUGUGAAUGGAACAGACUACAGCCUGGCCUUGGUUCUACCAGACUACAGCAUGAAAUACAUCCGUGCAAAAUUAGGCGACACAAUAACCCAGGCAAAAUGGAAAGAGGUUUCUGAGAGCCUGCUUGCUGACAAUUUUGAUGAAUAUGGGUACACAUUCAUUGCACCAAGAAUGUACUGCACAGACUUAAAGCCUCCUGACAAGGAAACAAACAACACAGAGUUCCUGAUGGACUUUAACAACUAUAUCGAUACAAGGACUCCAAACGAUCCUUCGUGUAAUGUAGAGCUUGUGAACAGACUUCUCCUUGAUGCCGGUAUCACUGCUGAUUUGGUCAAAUUCUGGAAACAGAAUGAGUUUGAACAAGGUAUCGUUGCCAGAUUUGUAGCAACUGAUGGAGGAAUCACUCGCGUCUUCCCAAAAAGUGCAGGGUUGGACUGGAAAGAAGAAGCAGAGACCUACGAGUCAAGUUUCUACAAGCGAAGUUUAGACAAUGAUCUGUACAUGGUCAAGCCAACUCGCUACAACGAAAGUGGUAAAAAUGUCCUUGUGAGCCGAGCAGUAAACCUCAACAUUGAUGGUUUUACACUCAAACCAGCUGUUGUUGGUGUAAAAAUGGACAUCUAUCAAUGGAUGGAGAGCUUCAUCAGCAUCGAGUAUUGGAAGAAUUGCAAGAAUGAGAUCUGCGGCUGUAGGAAAGAUGAUCCGUAUAUACACUGUGUUCUGCUGGAUGAUGGGGGAUUCAUGGUGAUGUCCAAUCAAAUGGACGAUCUCGAUCAGAUCGGCCAGUUCUUUGGCGUCAUUGACCCUGACCUUAUGAGAGCUUUGGUCAACUCGUCACUGUUCACCGCAAAGAGCACCUAUGACUACCAGUCUCUUUGUGAGCCCAAGAGAGAGAGCAAGGCGGCUGCAGGCCUGCGAUCAAUCUAUGUACCCACAAUAGCCGAUAUAUUAAACUUGGGAUGGUGGGCAACAGCUGCAGCCUGGUCAAUUGUGCAACAGCUGCUGGUCAGCAUCACACUCCCAAAUGUUCUGGAUGCAGCUGAGAUGGAUGACACAGAGUCUGAUGCAAUGACUAAGGAGGUGUGCAUUACAGAGCAAACUCAGUACUUCUAUGAAAACAAGGAUUCAUCUUUUGAAGGGUCAUUUGAGUGUGCAAACUCCACCAGGCAAUACCUUGCUGAAAAGGUGCCCAACACAAACCUGGUCUUUAUCAUAAGUGACAGACAACAAGGUGACAGCCAGUCAUUUUGCACGCCCAAGUUAGUACAGGAAGAACAGGCAUCUGAUGGGCCGGAUGCCUGCGAAAUGGCUCUCAGACCUCGCCACAGGAAAGGCCCUAUGAAUUGUUUUGAUCAAACCGAGCACGAGGAGGACCUUGACUGUGGCGGGGCAUCCAGCCUGAAUCCGUCGAUUUGGCUGAUGGCGAUCAUUCAGGUGGUUUUACUCUGGGUCGCGACCGACUCCAGGCACCAUGCCAUCCCAUCAUGACCUCAAAGAAAAGAUCCAGCCCAAUAUGUCUGCUCUCUCCAGAUGGACACGGCUACCAGCAUCCAGAGCUGCCACCCAAAGGACACGACGAAAGGCGCUCCAAACAAAAGACAGUCUGAAUUUAUUUAUUAUUCAUGGUUUUCUAAAAGCGUCAUCAUUUCGGGGGGGUGAAAUAAAGCAUUGUUUGUUGAUAAAGGUUAAAAUAAUUUCACUCCUGACUGUCUUUUUUUCUUAAGCUGAAAAAAAACCACAAAUUGAUUUUGAUAACCAACUUUUUAACUCCAUCUUUUUACGUUGUCCCCCUGAAAGAUGUCGGACUGCUUUAAAGUGUCAAACAUGGCCUACAUUGCGAGUAGACGGCUUGUUUAUUGCGUAUACUGAGCAGUUUUUUCACCACUGCCAAGAAAAAAAAAAGUCUACCCUUUGCAAGAGUAAAAUUUCUUUAGAAAUUAAUUUAAAGUGCUUGUUUAGUUAUUCUUUCUUCAGUUUCAGUUGGAUUUUUUGUAAUAAAAGCAAAGUUUUAAGAGAACACUACAUUCUUAUAGCAUCCAUCACAAAAGUCUUUAGUUUUUACUGACAUAUUCUGCUCAAAGAUUGGAAACCAUGUCCUUUGCAAUGUUUGUUUACAAAACCCAACUCUUCUACUGCCACACAGCACUUCGUAAUGGGUGUGAGUUUUUCGAUUUAAAGCUGGUUUUUGGUCUUCGCUCAGGAGUUGCUUGAAUUUUCCACCUUGAUAUUUUUUUCUUUUGACUUAAGGAUUGCUCCAGGGUAAACGUGUUGCCAUAGUGCACAUUAACCAAUCUGGACAAUUAGUAUUAGGUCCUCUGUGGCUCAGUUGGCAAAAUUUCUAGUGCCAUCUAGACUGUGUGACUCUAAUCCUCUGUAGACUGUAGCUGCUAAAUGGUGUGUACUGUUAAAUAUAAUAAUUUGUUUAUUGGUUGAGUGAAGUGUCUGUUCAGGAUUUGUUUAACAAUAGCAUUUAUAUUUUUCACCGUCACUUCUUAAAUGAAAUUAAUAUCUGCACUGAAAUUUAAAAUACAGCCCAGUUUUACAAACCCUAGGCCCUCUUGUCUUCCUUAAUUGAAGACAUAAAAUGUUGAUUGUUUUUAAUAUUUACAUGCGCAUGAAUGACAAGAUAGAACAAGGUAUUUACUUUCACUAUAACUACCAGUUAUAGCAAUUGGUCAAUUUAAUAAAUAAGAUUUGUGUUGUACACUUUUUUUUUUCACUUUUUUUAUAGUCAAGGUACAUAUAUUCCACAUUCUUAACUAUUCUAUUGACUCUUAAUUCUUUAAGAGGGAGCUGAUGUUAUUUGGUAAAUCAUUGUUGUUUUUUUGCCUUGUAUUUGCAUUAUUUACGCACACUGCAAAGGUAUUCAUAAGCUUUGAAAUUUUUUUUUUUUUUUAUGUCACAUUACAGAUACAUGCUUCCACGUUUUGGGAAGAUCUCAUGUGAUUUCCCAGCACAAAGUAACACAUGAUGCAAAAAUGUGGCAUGCAUGUUUAUUUAGCACCUUAAAGUCUAUACUUUAUAGAACCAUGUUUUGCUGCAGCCAUGUUGUGAGAAAUUAUUUCACGCCUACACUGCUCGUCCUUUACUUUUUCCUUUUGCCUCCAUCAUUCUUCGCAUUAAUUCUAAUCCGUUUUUCUUAUAUUUACUGGAAAAGAAGCUUUUUCACAUCGUUAUGCCACCACCACCAUGUUUCAUAGUAAGGUUGAUGUCAUAUUGAGAUUUAAAGUGCUUUCUGUACGAAGAUAGACUAUAUGUACUAAAAGUGUUGCACUGGAUUUAAUUUACGGGUAUCGGAGUAGUGUUCUGAACAAAGAACACUACUCCAUUUUUUGGAAUCUUUUUCCUCCCUCUUCAGUUACACGCUACAUUAUAUUAGUAUAUCGCAUACCUCCCUAAUGUAAUGCAUAGAUGUAUGUGAUUUUAUUAGAAAUUGUAAAAAAAAAAAAUCAAGGACUAUGAAUACUUUUUCAAGUUGCUAUAUGCAAUAUAUAUUUAAAGAAAACAUGUAUAUGGAUUUAGGUUUCACUGUAAACAAAAGUGGGAUUUGUUUUAUUUAUUUAAGCUUUUGUUAUCUCAUGAAUCCACUUACUCGUCGAAGCACUGUUUCAAAAACAAAGUAAAUCUAUCAGUUUCUUGGACAAGAACAAAAUAAACAUCAAUGUUUGCAAGCCACACAGUGAAUCAAGCUCCCUGAAAGUCUGAACAUGUUGGAAAUUACUUUAAUUUAUGUCUUUGUUGAGAACUUGGGUCACAUUUUAUAGCCAAAACCAUCUUAUUACGAUUGGUUACAAAUGCAAGAAAGUUAUUUUUCAUGUUCUUUGUGAGUAUGUCAUCAGUUCAAUUAAGUGGCAGUUAAAUAUAAGAUGAUUAUCCACCUUUGUGUAAUUCUCUUUAGUGCCUGAUGCCUAUAAAUUAACCAAGCCAGUGUGUUUGUUUGGAAAUGCUGCCUUCUGUGAUUACUCACAUCAGAUAUUUCAUUGGGAAACGUUUGCUUACAAAUCAGGAAAUCCACAAUGAAAAAAAAAAGGAUGCCACUUGAAACCAAU